AAAUCGGACACGAGAAAGAAAAAGAAGAAAGAUAAAAAAAUAUAAAAAGUUCUUCACGAAGAACAAGGCAAUGCGACACGUGGUUAUGUGUGUUCCUUAUGUCGACGCAUUAGUAACUGGAGUUUUAAAAAAAGAAUUUUAUAUUUUACAUUACAAGAGGCGCAGUGAUUACAAACUAUUGUUUAAAAAAAUCUACAAAUCUGUAAUUACGUUUGUCAAACGUAAUGUCCGCUAAUAAUGUUGCUCUCACAGAUAAAGGUUCUGCCGGCAAUCGCUAUGCUCGUGGAUCAAGGCGGAGAGGUGGUUUUCAAAACAAGUCUAGAGGAAGGGGUUUCAAACGUGCAUUCGAGCGAUCGCCACAAGGAAAUGUAAAGAGAAGCAAACUGGAUGUCGGCAACAGACUGAAAGAAGCUGACAUAGGAAUUACAGAAUAUAUUAGCAAGCAUCUUGGCUUCUCUGCAAUAAUUAAAGAGAGGUACAAUGAUUUUCAUGUUAACGAGAUUGAUCUUGAUGGCCAAGUGGCAAAGCUGACACAUCAAGACAUCCCACUUGAACCUUGUGACAAUGAAAGUAUUGAAGAUCUGAAGACGCUGGUAUCGUCGACGAUCUGGGAUCAACUACAAGCUUUGGGAGAGGAGAAUCCUUCAACCGUGGAAAUUGAUGUAACUAAUCUUGACAAAGUUGAACGCAGGACUAUUCAUGCAAUUGCAAAGAAAUUAGCGAACGUAGUCAGCCAAACAAUAGAUAAAGAUGACAAAAAGUUUCUUACAAUUGUGCCAAAUACUAAAGGCAAUAAGAAUGAUCAAAAGGUGCGUAGAGACAAGAGAGUAGAUUGGAAGAGACGCGGCGGUGAUUAUUGCCACUUUUUAUUACAUAAAGUGAAUAUGGAUACGAUAGAUGUUGUGAAUCAAUUGGCAAUGAGUUUGCGAAUGCAGCCAAAUAAUUUUUGUUACGCUGGCACAAAAGAUCGUCGUGCGUGGACGACUCAGUGGAUGAGUCUAAGAAAGGUGGAGCCGCGUGACAUACUGAGAGCAAGUAAAAGUGUGCGUGGUGCGUAUGUAGGAAACUUUAAAUAUACCAAGGAUAGCCUGAAACUAGGCAUGCUACGUGGUAAUCAGUUUAGGAUAGCAUUGAGGAACGCUUGCGAGACAGAUGAGAAGAUUGAGCAAGCAAUGAUAUCGUUACGUGACACUGGCUUUAUUAAUUAUUAUGGUUUACAAAGAUUCGGCACGAUACCUACUAUACCCACACACGAAAUCGGGAAAUGUCUACUUCAGGGUAAAUGGCAUGAAGCAAUUGAAUUAAUUUUAAAACCACGACCAGAAAAAGAUAAUGAAUUAGCAGAAGCCAGACAAGUCUAUGCAGAAACCAAGGAUGCUCAUGCCGCUUACGCAAAGCUCAAAAGAACCGAUAAGAUCGAAGCCAGACUUUUGAAAAGUCUACAAACACAGGGUAGCAAAAAUCCUCUAGGCGUGCUAGACUCAAUCCCUCGAAACAUUCGAUUAAUGUACAUUCAUGCUUAUCAGAGCUUCGUUUGGAAUCACGUCGUGUCGAGAAGGAUGAAAGAAUUCGGAACAGAUGUAAUCGUUGGUGACUUGGUUUAUGACAGGCGGAAUUGCAAAGAGACUAUGAAUGACGAAACUACGGAUUAUGACAAUAUUGAAGAUAAAACUGAUACCUCUAUUGAGGAAAGAGAUACUGAAGCAAAUAAUGAAAGUUCGAACCAAGAUGAUUUCCCAGUAGUGAAAAUUCUCACCGAAAAUGAUUUACCAAAUUAUACUCUGGCGGACGUAGUUAUGCCUCAACCCGGAUGGAAAGUUAUAUAUCCGCCAUAUGCAAAGGCUUGGUUUGAUGAAUUUUUAACCAAAGAUGGAUUAACUACUGAUCUUAAGCAAAACAAUAAAAAAUACAGCUUGACUGGAGCCUAUAGAAAUAUAUUGGAAAUCCCGACAAAUCUAUCCUGGAAAAUUAUGCAUUAUGAAAAUAAUGAUGAUCUAAUUCUAUCAGACAUCGAGGAAAUAAGGAAGCUUCCAUCUCCACAGGAUAAACUAAAUGGAAAAAAUAAAGCGUUGAUUAUAGAAAUGUGCUUGAAAUCUAGCAGUUACGCUACAAUGGCCCUGCGCGAAAUUUUAAAGAACGAUACUUCAGCGGAAACUCAGGCUGCUUUAUCCGCUUCUUAUGAUACAGAGAACGUGCGAUCCAAUACAAGUAUCGUAGAUGAGUAUAGUGAUAGAGAAACGACAAAAAUUGAGAAAGAUGAUACACAGGAAAGUGUAAAAUUCCAUGAAGAAUUUAAUGGUAUAAAAGAAGACGAAGCAAUGAGAAUACAUGAUACAGAGAAUUCGUCUGAAAUAUGUCAAAGUUAAUUAUAAAAAAUCUUCCAUUUAUAGAAAUAUUGUUAUUGUGAUAUAUGUAUGUCUUUUUACAAAAAACAAUAUUAAAAACGGAUACAUGAUGAGAAUAGAAG